GAUGUUAGAUUUGUAAUGUAGCUAUUUGUAACUCAAAGGAAUGCUGGUAUAACUGGUAUAGGCUAAAUUAGGUGUAAGAUUAAGUAGCUCGAUUUCAUUGGUCGAUAGCCUUAGAAUUAGAUUAUCUCGUAGUACUGUACUAAAAAUAGUGGAGGUGUAGUUUUAUGCCAGUUAAGGGGAUACAUCAAAUUCUACAUAAUGCCAACGUUUUUCAAAAUUUGUUACAAUAAUAAAAAUAACAAGAAAAUUAACAAAGGGUCUGUCUAUGUUUUAAUAACGGAUCCCCAUGCUAUCCGCAUUGCGCAUCCAGCUUAGAAGUCCUUCUCUCGGCACCGCUACACGACGCGCGCAAUUCAGCCGAGUUCGGUAUUUCGGCAAUAUGACAGAAUCUCAAGAUGUUAUCGUUAAAGAACUACAGAAGUACACAACCUGCGACGUCUCAGACGCCUUAUGCAAGCUCAAAUACCAUAAUGGCGGGUUUUUAUCCGGCUUGACUAUGUGGUCCCCUCGACGCCAGGAUGGUCCUACCAAGAUCGUAGGCCCAGCUUAUACUGUUAAGUACGUGCCGUUAGACGAUCCAUCGCCUAAACAUCCAACCCACUAUAUUGAUACAGUACCUGAGGGUGCUGUAGUCUUUGUUUCUUGCCCUCCCAAAACUCCAAACGCCGUGUAUGGAGGCUUAAUGUCGACCCGCGCCCGAUUUAGGGGCGCCAUCGGGUCUAUCAUCGACGGACGUUUCCGUGACUUGCAAGAGCAGCGUGAAUUAGAGUAUCCGAUCUUUGCCCGUGGGACGGGGACGGCACCUCCAGCUGAGCUACUCAAGGUAGCGGCCGUCAACGUGCCUGUGAAACUGCAAACAGACGAGCAAGACAUGGAUAUUCGACCGGGAGACUACCUAAUCGCGGAUCUGAACGGCGUCGUCGUCUUACCCGUAGAGUUGGCGGAGCAAGCCUUACCACUGAUGCAGAAGCAAGUUGAGGCGGAUGAUAAGAUGGCAGAGGCGAUCAAGAAAGGAAUGGGCUUUGCCGAGGCUAGUAAGAAAUUCAGAUAAGCGUUUAUAAAACCUGGCUUUAAAUUGUAGACAGGAAGGAUGAGACUCGUGUAUCGAGUUUCUGGAAUAUCUCACAACGCACAGCAGUCUAAACUUUCUCAUGAAAUUUAUUUACCUACCUUAGGUAGUUAUGAUACAAAUUAGAAUACUUAAAAACAAGGCGAUCUUUAAAUAUUGGUAAAAUAUGAAUCAUAUCCAGCGGGUUGUACGUCCGAACAUAUAACCCUUAGAAUAUGUAGCCUAGGUACAACUAUCGCCUAGAGAUAAUGUACGAUAUUACCAAAGUCGCCGUAUCUACCAAUCCACGCAACAAAUAAAAGAACAAGCCAGCCGGCUUAAUUAGCAGCUUUCUAUCGUACAUUAGGUAGUUAUGAGCAGCUGCGUAUUCGAUAGGCUUGGCAAUAAUGAACUACAAAUACCUAAAACUCCAAACCCAUGCCUGUCUUCAUGAAUCGCUAUUGUUCCCGUGGUAUCAUGCUGACGCUAUCCGUCCAGUGACAAAUGCAAACAAAUAAACAAACCAGCUUAGUAUAGAUGGUGCGACGAAUGCAAGUCUAUGCGACUGCAAUAGGGGGGCGAAGGAGGAGGAGGGAGGCAGCCCGUCU